CCUUAGCAACCGCUACGGAUGACCAGUAAGAAGCAUAUAAGACACAUAUAAAGGAACUGGUUAUUUACAUCCAAGUUGUUGCACUUGUUUUUACAGUGGUCAGAAUGACCUCUCUGGAGUUAUUUCGACAAUCAGAAUACAGUCCUAGAGAACAAAAUGAAUGGGGGACAGGACAACCAAAGGAACACAGGGAUCUCUGGGUGCCCAGGAAUGCUACCUGGACAUAUACCGGUGAACCUAAUGAGCAGAGAUACACUUUGACUCAACUAAAGCGAAGCAAUAUUCGCAGCACAGAUGAACUAGUUCCUCGACCUCAAGAUUCUGUUAUGGUGAAAGAUCUUAUCAACUUACCCUUUCCAGCAGAACACCCUUACAGUUCACACAUUCCUCGCUUUGCUGUCUUCCCAAAGUUUGAUUCACCAGAAGAUCCUAAAAGAGGUGUCGCUGCUCGAAGUGAGAUGCCGAUCAAUGCUGAGAUGCCUGCACAGCCCUAUGAUAUUCUUGUCUUAGAGAAAACUAAAGGAUCUGGGACAAGACAUGUCAUCCAAGCACAGCCCAAAGAUUCUGAAAGGGAACCACUUUACUGGCCAGGAGAAAACUUUUUUGAUCAACAGGUGAAGGGACAUGGUGGACGACAACAAUUUUAUCCUUUCCCACCUAAAGGUAUAACGCCCAAUCUGCAGUCACGCCCAGAAGAGAUGAAGGUCAGCCUUCGCACUGCCAAUGUUCUUCACAACUUGGAACGUUCCCAUUGGAUGACCUCUUAUGACCUGGACUAUACAGGACUUGGACCUUCUAACCCACUUUCCCUAGACAACCUGGACAGCAAACUUACAACCAAGAUUAUGACAAGGCUUGAUGAUGACAAACUGUACCCUCAUUUCAUCAAUACUUUUGACCCACCUCGGGGCAUGGAGGGGCGACUGUCACGGAAAAUAACACCAGCACCAGCGGCUCAACGUGUCCUGGAAAGCAGCAAGCCAGAGAAUCCAGGAUACAAAAGGAAACCAACACUGAAUGAGCGUGAAGAAUAUCGCUUGCUUCAUGGAACUGAGUACGUCAAUUUGCCAGACACCAGCAGCAGCCCAUCUCAAGACAUGAGGUGGCGUGAACUAGACCUGGAAGCUCGGCCUGGACCAUGCCUUGAAAAAAUUGAAAAAGCUAAAGCAAAACAGUUUGAUGUUGCCUUCACACCACCUGGUACACCCCUACCGCCUGAUGAGUUUAAUCUGAUUGACAGCAAAACAAAAAGAGAUGAGGUUAUCCAAGAAAUCGAAGCUUAUAACAGGUGGAAACUUCUCAACAUGCAGGCACCAGACCACAACAUCACAGCAUUAAGAAAUAAGUAUGAAGCACUUUUUGACAAAGAACUCCCAGACACAUUCUAUAACCAUGGGAGUCGCUACAAUGAGGAACGAGCUGGCCUAUAUAAGACCAGCUAUGACCCACACCUGUUGACUCUUAACUUGUCAGCAUCAACACCUGAGAUCAUAAAUACUCUUCCCUUUAAUUCUCAGGGACAGACCCUGAAGGCUGAACAAGGGUCUCACUUGAGCAAGGAUCUCCGAGAAUCCCUGAAGUGGAGCAGAAACUUGAGCUUAAGUGCACCUGACCUUAGAAGCGACUACGAAGGACAAGAGAUGUUACAAGCAUACAAGGACUUGACUCGUCAGCAGCAAAGACAGUUGCUGCCUCCUGCUCCACAUCAAGCAAGCACACAGAUCCAGGAAAAGGAUCUGCUGCAGAAUAACUCAACCAUGGGCAACAGCUACAAUACCCUCAAAUUCCUCCAGGAAAAUGAGCUUGAAUGCUGUGUCCGAAGUGAUCCAAAGACCCUUAUGUCAUCAGAAAACAAGUCUCUCAGCAGGGUUCGUUCACGAUCUGUUCCACGCCCCUCCAAGAAUGUCCAGUUUUCCAGAAGCGUCACCGUAGCAACCAUGUCACCAAACACUAUACCAGUUUUAUCAGUUGAAACGCAGCCCUUGAGUGGAGAAGAAGUACAAGAUCAGGACAAGACCAAUACAACCGAGUACACCAGUACACAUGCUAUGUACAAUGCCAACAACACCCUCAACCCAAAAAGGGUUAGGGGAACACAUGACAUCCCGGCUGUUUUUUCUUCUCUUCCUGGAAAACUUGCAGCAGUCAUUCGAGAUAAAGAAGAUACUCAGGUUUUCACAAAUCAGUCUUCACUAAGCGGUCUAAAAGGUCAAAGGCCAGCAACCUCUAGUGGGCUAUACAAAUCAGAAUCAAGAGAUCAGUUUGAAAGUCUGUCCACCAACUUUAUGCCAACCAACCUUACAGCAUCCACAUCCUUUGUUUCAUCUUACCAAAAUCAGUUUCCCGUUUACAACUUGACCUACAAACAUGAUCCUCGGUUUGACUGGGAGCCUGGCAGUGGCAUUCCAAGGCCCCAGAGUUCAUUGCUACAUCUCCAGGAGAGCUUUGUUAAGUCUAAAGUGCGACAGAAGUUCCAUGAACAGUUUCCAGAAAUCAAUCCAGACCUUCGCUUUAACAUUAUCAAAGGCAAAAAGCAUAGUUUUGGUGGGUUCAAUGCUCAAGUUAUACGAGGGUAAGCAAAAAAGAUAAGGGAAGGUUCCUAUUUCUUUUUGUUGCAUGUUUUCUAAGAAUGUUGUUUUCAUUGUCCUUAUAAUUUUAGUAAAUUAGUUGGUGUUUAUAAUCCUGCAAAGGUAUUUCUAAACUGUUCUUGCACUGAAGAAGUUAGAUUUUUGAAAAGUUUAAGAAGCCAUAGUCAUUGUAUUUCAUCGCACUCAUGACCAAAUUGUGUGUGUGUGUGAGAGAGAGAGAGAAUAGAAUGUCCAUUAAAGUCCUUGAAAACAGUUUCACAUUUAUUUUGUCAUAGGAUUUUUUUUUUUGUUGGCUACAGUACUGUAGUCAGCAGUGUGUUAGUUGUCACUAUCUUCAGUACUACUGCAACUUUUACAUUUGAAAGGACUGUGCAUACAUUUAUGUUGAACAUAACCAUCUUCCACAUUCUUUGUUACUGUUAUGACUGCUGACAACAAUGUUGUGAUUUACAGUAUUAAAUAAUUAGAUGCUCAAUGAAAGCUCUUGCAAAGAAGAAUUGGAAAUGAUUAUAGCAUUGUUAAGCUGUCUUCAUUUUCAUAAACAUCUGUGACAUGCAUUAAUGUAAAGUUAUCUGAUGACUGUACUAACAAAGUUGAUUUUUGAUGUAAGAAAAAAGCGAGGCACACAUCUCCCAAAAGUUGUAUUAGUUACAUUCUUUGCUUCACUCACUUUGUUUGCUCACUUGCAAAUAUCAAUUUUUCUGUAAUAAAUAUAUAAUUCUCUAAUGAGAAAACUCUUUCUUAAUCUGUUAUUUUAUGUCUUCUUUGUUCCAUGUUUAUUUUUUCCUACAUCAAGAUAAAACUAUCUUCACCUUUGAUGUUCGAUGCUGUGAAAUGUGUCUGAGAGAUUCAUUACAGUAACACAGAAAUCUUAUGCCUGGUGUAAGAACCAUUAUCUAUGUAGAGACUUCACCCGUCUCAAAAGGGUAGUCCAUGGCAAUUCUUAUGGUUGGCAUAACAACCAUUAUUUGUAUAGGACCCAUCUAUCCCAGGCCAUGGCAACUCUACUUACACUCUUUCCUUACUACUACUGUUAUCCCCUCCCAGAAAUGCUGUAAUCUUUGUGUCAGAAUGACACUAACAAAGGGUAGUAAAGAGCUUAGAGCAUGAUUCUUUCUCUUGUACCUUUCUGAAAAGAUUUCCAUGAAAUACCCUUUCUGCAUCAAUCAAAACAUCUGCACUAACAGCAAAGGUCAUUGGUUUUCUUUUUUUACUGCUGUUAAUCUUCUAUUUGGAACUGACAAUACAAAGUUACUAUAUUUUCUGUCAUCAUUGUGGCAUUUAGUAUGUAAUACAUAGCCUAAUAUAUGUUGUUAUGCAGGUGUGUGUGAUUAUGUACUCACAGAUACUUAUUUGGUUAUAUAUAGAUACUCUGUAUAAAUUUAUUAUUUUUAGUUUUAGUUUUCUGUCUUUAGAGAUUUUAGGUUUUAGACAUACAUAAAGUUAUUUAAAUUGUCUUAUUAAAUAUAAAUUAAUAUUGACUUUAAGAUCAUGUUAAUAACAACUGGUUAGUUGUUUUGUUACAUAAUGUUGCCCACAUUAAUGAAUCUGAUAUCAGCAUUAAUGUUUUGAAUCAGUAUUGUGUUUGAAGUCUGUGAUAUGUGAGCUAUUAUGUUUUUGAAAAACUGUAUUUUAAUGAUUCCACUUAGAAUGUAUAUGUACUUCAAGCCCACAGCUACCAGGAAGGUAGAUGUUAUCUUUCAGCUCUAUUAUUAUUUACUUUAUGGAAAUCCUGUAAUAACUUUUUAAACGUUUCCUUAUGGGUUCCACCAUUUUUGGAACGUAUUGUAAGCUUUAUUAAAAUGACAGUGAAACAAUGAAAGAUCUCAACUUAUAUUAGUAUUUUUAUAUUUUGAAUGUAUAUAUAUAUUUAUUUAUUGCAGUGAAUACUUUGUGAAUGACUUGCCGCAUCAGUAUUAUACAUUAUGGUCUGCAUAUACAGCCUUCACACAACUGCUUUAAUUUACGUUAUAAUUAUAUGUCUACAUGUUUAUUGUUACAUCUUUACAUAACUAUAUACUUUUUACUUGCUAAAUAACUGAUCUUCUUGUCAAUUAGAUAUGAUGUAGCAUGAAUUGAAAUAUAUUCUGUGUUUAUUGGUUUU